AAAAUGUAUUAUCUAAAUUUUGAAAAAAUUUUAAUCGUUAAUCAAGUUGAAAACAAUCAAUUCGGCCAUGGAAAGAAGGGAGGUUGUUGUCGGAGGGAUAUUGACAAUAAUAAGAGAAACAUCAAUAGGGAGGGAGAUAAAAUACAGUCACAAUGAGAAGAGGGAGACAAGGUAUAGUCAUGACAUGAUUUAGUCUUAGUGACUGAGGCAUAACCAUAUGCAAUGACAAGAGAAACAUUGACAUUGUUAGAUGUUAUAAUUUAACUUUUAAGAAAUUGGUUGUGAUUGACAUGAGAAGGAAUGAUCAAUUAUGAAAGAGUAAUGGGGAGAGAAAAAAUAGAAGUGUUUGUGCAAAAUAACAUUUUACCCUUUCACGUACUGAUUUUUAUUAAUGAAAAUAGAUAACAAAUGAGAUUUGGACAUUUCAAACACAAGAGAUGAAAAAUUAUUUUAUCAAAGUUUGGGAGGGAAAAGGCAUGUGGCCUAUUUUAAAGUGGUUAUAAUUUAAAGCUUGAAUAAGUGGUCAUCAUUGUUGCACAGGACCAGCCAUCCAUAUACACAAAUUUAACCACAUCCUCCUGGUAUCGUUCAAUGUUUUUUCAGGUGUCGCCCCCAAAGAUGUGAAAGGAGAUGACGUGUUUGGAGUUUGGAGAAACUCUACUCAAAGAAACUUGGCGAGGUUCCUUUUUAGCUAGAGCUAGACUUCUUGAAUGCCCGUUCCUGUCACUUUCAUAUUAGCUUGGGGAUUGCUUUGUGGGUAGGAUAUAUACAUGAGACCCUUCUGAGGGAAAGAUGAGAUAUGGCUUCAAUUGACAUCAAGGAAGAGAAAGAGAACGAUGAGGCUGCUGCUGCUUCUGCUUGUUCGAGGAGAUGGGAUACUCUUCAUCCUCCUCAACAAUCCCAAUGGCUUCAAACAACUCUCUCAGAUUUGGAUGAGAAGACGAAGGCCAUGCUCGACAUGAUGCAGGAUGAUAGUGAUUCAUUUGCUCAAAGAGCUGAGAUGUAUUAUAAGAAGAGACCUCAGCUUGUAGAGAUGGUGGAAGACUUGAGCAAAUCUUAUCGUUCUCUAGCUCUGAAAUAUGACCAACUCAGAUCCAAUUCAUUCCGAGUCACCAACUUAGAUCUGGUGCUGUCGUCUUCUUCAAACUCCUCCUUCAAUCAAGUUAAACAGCUCCAAAACUCGCUCAAUCAAGUUCAACAGCUCCAAACCUGCCACCAGAAAAAGAUCAGAGACGACUUUGAGAGUCUGAAAAAGGAGUUGAUGGCAAAUAACUCGAGACAGAUGAAAAAAACAGUCAAUGCUGAUAAAGUGAGUGAUGAAAUUGAACCCAGUAGUGAUCGUCAAAUCAUGCCUUUCUUAGAAAGGGAGAAGAUGUGGAAUGAAAUGAGCUUGAAGUUGUCCAAACUGGUGGAAGAUAACUUGAGACAGCAAGGGCAGUUGAUUCGGAGAAAUGAUAAAAAGAGAGAAGAUAUUGAACAGCUUUAUUCUGAAAUUAACAGACUGAUGAAUGAGAACAAGGCUUUGAAGUGGUCUCAAAGCAGCUGCCCUGAUAAAGUUGGUGAUAAGAACCAAAACCAUAGCCAUCGAGCUUCAAUAUUUAAAAAAAUUUUCUGCAUGAGAUUCAAGACUUGAGUCGGCUCUCUGUGGGUUCUUGUAUUUAACGGAAGAACAAUUUGCAUAUACAUAAAUAAUAUGUAUAGUUCUAUGCA